CAUAACUCUCACUUUCACUCUGAUUCACUCACCACCCUCAAAUCCAUUGUCGCCAUCGCACAGAAGCAAGCAAGCAGCAGCAGGAUGAGAGGCACCAAAGCCAUGAAGGCGACGGCGGCGUGCAUGCUGCGGCUGGUGCCCGGAAGCGGAGGCUGCCGCGCCUCCACGGCGCAGCCGGCUGCGUCGGUCUCGCUGCUGGAGCGAAUCCGCGACGUCGUGCUCCGGCUCAUCAUGCUGUCGGCCGUGUCCAGGGCCUCCGUGCAGCGCAACACUAAGAGCGGCAAGGCGAAGGCCAGUUCUCCGCGCGCCGGCUGGCAACGGUACUCCGACGCGUCCGUGGCCGAGGCGUGCCGCCGGGACGACUCGAUCCGGAACGAGGCCGUCGAGGACUGCAUCGAGUUCCUCAAGCGGUCUUCGGCCGACGGCGACGCGGCCAAGAUGUCCAGCGUCAGCGUCAGCGCCGCCGAGGGAGUGGCCGCGGACGCCUGCACGGCCAAGAUGUGGUGCGUGACCGCUUCCGACGCCAAGCUGUCGGGCGCAGGCAGCGAGGAAGAGAUGGCGACAUUCGUCGUCGUCGACUUCGAGGCUCGGCGUGAGGCCUCGCCGGGCGCUUGACGUAGAGAAUCAACCUAAGACAGGGGAAAGUUUGUUCGGUUUGUUUAAGGAAUUUUUUUGUACCAUCUUCUGUCAUCUUUUGUGAAUGCCUUCGCUUUGGUUGGUGACAAAAUGCUUGACACAGAUAAGUGGAGCAGUUAAUCGGUGUGCGUGUCAAUCUUUUUAUUUCUUUUGUUUUGUGUUUCUGAUGGGGUU